CUUUGGGUGCCGAGGGUCAGUGGAGAGCGAAGGGGGACAGAUCUGGUUAUAAUAGAUAACCUCACCCAAGCUGCUACAGUUGCACCCUAGAGUGUGGAUACUAACGACCAGAACAUAUCAUACAAAAUGAAAAUUCUGAUCUGUCUUUGUGUGAUAGUAGGCGUGGUUUUGGCUACCGAAAAGCCUGAAGAGAAAAAGCCGAAACCCGUAGAGAAGAAAGUGGACAAGCGUGGAUUGCAUGGGUUGGGUAUCGCAGGACAUGGACUGCUAGGAGGAGUCGGAGGAUGGGGUAGUUUGGGUAGCGGAUUGGUUCUGGGCGGCGUUGGUCCCGUGGGCUCUAUUGGGGGAGUUGGACUUACCUCUGUAGGAUCUGUUGCUGCAGCUCCCGUCGUCGAAUUAGGCUCCCACGUUCACACUCAUACCACAAUCACCAGAAACUUGGGAGUACCAGUAGCCACGCCCGUAGGUGUACCAGUUGACAGGCCUGUAGGUGUUCCCGUAGGAGUGGACGUGCCCAUUCCAGUCGACCGGCCAAUCGCUGUGCCCGUCCACCGGCCCAUUGCCGUGCCUGUUGACCGACCUGUUGGGGUUCCAGUAGACAGGCCAGUUCUGCAAGACGUGCCCAGUCCUUAUGCUGUAGCCAUAGACAGACCCGUGCCAGUGGCCGUACCAGUGCCCCAUCCAGUGGGAGUACCCCGCCCAGUUCCCUACGGCGUACCAGCCCCUUAUCCAGUGCUGUCCAAACUGCUGCUGUCCCAUAAGUGAGAACUGAUUUUGCAAACGUUCGUCAAAAGUUUCAAUCUUGUACAAAUUAAGAAACGUUAAUAAAUUGACGGAUGAUUUUUGAAGUGGUUAAUAAAUCUGCUGUAAAUUAA